AUGAGCCAAAAUGAACCACACGUGGGUCCGAACUGGUGUCAAACGGGCAUGACAGUAGGCACUAAUAACAAAGCUAAAGUGUCAACCAUGUAUGUAUUUAUGCAGUACUCGUUCCAUGCGGAGCAGAGGAAACAGGUAGAAUAUCCAUGGCGUCGCCGUAGGAUUCAACUGUCCAUGCCAUCCAGAUGUCAGACACUUGGAGCUGGCAGGGCGUCAGGAGUCGGGUCAAGGCCAGGCCAGAACUGCAUGCAGACUGGGAGAGGGAGAGAGAGAGAGAGAGACAGAGAGAGAAUGGCCCUUUAG